ACUUUGCACCUUCAGUUUGCUUUUGAAACGCCCGAUGAUCUAUUGCUUCAGCCAACUCUUUUACGGAAUAAAUGAUGAAAAUUAGUCACUUUAACAUGUUUUUAGUUGAGAAACUAUAACCUAUGUAUUAGACUAAACCUUGGACCUGACCAACUCAAGACUGAGUUGAAAAAUAUUUGGUUUCUAGUCAUAAGCUUCUGGACUAUAAUGCUCAUUUUUGCAAAUAAAGAAAUACCAUAAAUAUAAGUUAUUGUAUUUAUUUAACGCUUUCCCCCCGUUUUCUGCAUUAGUAUAAACACAUUCCGUCAUUAAUUAUUUUCCAUUGGUUUACAAUAUUCUUGUAAGUUCUAUUCUAUUUUGUUCUACUCAUAAAAAAGUCAGUUUCCACCCCCCCUUUGGUAUUAAUAUUUACAGAGAUCGGUGCACAUUUAGUGAAAUGCAGCAUGCCUGCUCCUCCGUGCAUUUUCAAUGAGGCCAGUAGUGAUAUUUGGUUAUAACAGAAGCACCGCCUCCCUCCCAUUGGACAAUGUGUACGUGAGGGCGUGGCAAAGGAAAGAUGAGAGUUGAAAAUCCAUGCCCUUACUGGGAAGACAUGGAGCGCUAUGGACACAGUCUACGCGAGCCUAGUAGGUAUCUCAACCAACGAGAUAAAUAUUUCUCCUGUUAGAGAACUAGUGCUUUGAGACACUGAGAGGAACAGAGGAAAAAAAACAAAAAAAAAAACAAAGGGUCGCCCAGUUGAGGAUGGAGUGUGCAUUGGACGCACAGAACCUGAUCUCAAUUUCUUUAAGGAAAAUCCAAAGCUCCAGGACGCAGAGAGGCGGCAUCAAGCUCCACAAGAACUUGCUGGUAACGUACGUCCUCAGAAACGCCAGGCAGUUUUACAUGAGCAAAAACUCACUGCAGACGCAGAGGACACCUCCGUACGAGGAUGCGGCGGUGGACCACAGGAGGCAAGAGUACAUCGAGCUGACCGGCAGCUUCACGGAGUUGGCUGAUGACUUCUACUGCAACUUUACAGGCGUGGAGUCGGACACUUGGCACUGCGGAGCGCACCAGUCCAGCGCACAGCCCUCGGAGCUGGCGCACCAAGACGCCACUGCGUGCGCAAUGGCUUCUCCAAGUGACUCUGAGCUCAUGGUUUCAGAAGCCUGCUGGAGCUGCGCGGACAAAUCUUCCUGGGAGUUACCCAUCCUGAACGCACAAGCCAACCAAAAGACCGUCCUGGACUUGGACACGCAUGUGGUGACAACUGUGACGAACGGAUACUUCCACUCAGACUGUUGCGCGCAGCCAAAACAGCCGCAGGCGGGCGCGCAGUGCUACACCAGAAAGCGAAAGAUGGACACAAGUUAUUAUAUUGUUGACCCGGAGUUUUAUUUGCCGGACUUUGUGCCCGUGCCGUGUAAGAGGAUGAGGAGUGAGGAUGAGGAGGAUGAUGAUGAUGAUUUACAAUCGGACUCGGAACAGCUGGACAGCGCGAACAUCUCCAACCUGAUCUCGGUUCUGGGAUCAGGUGGGCUAUCUGAGUUUGUGAGUUGGCAGCAGAUGGACCUUGAGCAGAUAUUCGGCACUCAGACAAUUUGUUUAAAACACACACUGCUGGCAGGCAGUGGUUGGACCAGAGCAAUCGAAGCGUUUUGAUUUAUGUGAUUGUUUUUUUAUUAUUAUUCUUUUUAUUAUUAUUAUUAUUAUUUUAUUUUCAUUGUAUGAUU